CUCGCCAUGGCAGCCCCAGCCCUUGCCUUCCCGGACACACGGCCGGGGAGGCCAUGGAUCAGGAGCUCCAAGAAGCCGACGUCCUCUGGCCUCAGCACAACUCCGACCACCGCCGCGACGGCGACGACGGCAGCAACGUCGACGGGGACAUAACAAAGCUAUCCUCGCCGGAGCUGUCUGCCCCGGUCCCCGUGCCUCACCGGAAGCGGCGGUCUCGCUCCUGGUCGACGUCCGACGGGAGCGGCAGUGGCAACGACGACUGCAGCGACGGCGACGUCCGAUGCACCAACGACGCAAAGAGGAACGUGCCGCCGCACGUCCUGACCGAGCGGCGGCGGAGGCUCGCCGGGAGGUCGACGGCGGCCUACUCCAUGUGCAGCGGGAAAGGGAGGACGCUCAAAGGGCGGGACCUCCGCAACAUCAGGAACCUCGUCCUCAGGUUGACCGGAUUCAUCGAGAAAUGAAAUGGAUUCAGCACCGUGGAUGUGGAUAUAUUGCUGCAUUGCUUGGGAACGUCCAUGUCCAUGGACGUGUGUGAAAGUUUGUGGCAACCUAAUUAGAGUUUUCAGUGAGCGCAGAGGUGAAGAAAGACAAGAAAUGUAGCAAUAACUCUCUGUUUAAUUAAUUAAUUUUAUCUGUUUAAUUGAAUUUAGCAUGUGUAGCGUGCGAGCAGCUUGCUCAAGAAUAAAUGUACAUUCAUAAGAAACAGAGCAAAAGGGGUGGAGGAUUAAAAUGUUAACUGGAGCCGAAUAAUAGAGCUACUACUAGCUAUGUAAAAGCAUUUUAUUAGCUUGUGAUCCUUAUGUAAGCCAAUUGUAUGUAAGCGGCCGGUGUUUACUCGUUGCUAAAUACAGUAUAUUGAGAAGGUA